AUGUCGCUUGUUUCCUUCCAUUUCCUCCUCGCCGCGCCAGGCUUCGUCGGCAGCUACGUGGUGAAGAUGUUGCUGGAGCGUGGCUACCACGUGCGCGGCACCCUCAGAGACCUCGACGACCCGCGAACAAACUGGCUGCGCGGCCUCGCGGACGGCACGCCGGGCACAAUCCAGCUGUUCGCGGCGGAUCUAACGGCCCCUGGGAGCUUUGACGAGGCGGUGGAGGGGUGCGAGCUGGUGUGCCACGUGGCAGCGCUGAUGACGACCAGUAAGAGCGACCCGCAGACCAUCGUGGCGGCGGCGCUGGACGGCACGCGGAACGUGUUUGGGUCCAUCAUGAAGCACCAAUGCGCCAAGAAGGUGGUGCUCACAUCGACAGUGGCAGCGGUGUCAGACCGCAUGUUCCCAUCAGACCACGUCUUCACAGAGGCCGACUGGAAUCGCCAGCUGUCGGUGCGCGCGCCGUACAGCAUGGGGAAGACCCUGGCUGAGAAGUACGCGUGGCGGGUGGUGGAUGAGCUAAAAGGCGUGGAGUGGAGAUUCGAUCUGGUCACCUUGUGCCCUAGCUUGGUGCUGGGGCCGGCGUUGAGGGAGGAGCACGUGAAGGGCAGCCUGCAGUCGGUGAAGCAGCUCCUAGACGGCACGCUGUUCCUGGCGCCGGACCUGCACUUUGGCAUGGUGCACGUGGCUGACGUGGCACUGGCACACGUGCUGGCGCUGGAGAAGGAGGGCAUGAAGGGGCGCUACAUCCUGUGCAAUGGGGACACCAUGUCGCUGCUACAGAUGGCUGUCGAUUCAAAACUUCCUCAACCACCUCCUACCGGCCAUGGCAUGGCAUGCCUGAGUGGGGGGCAGGCGCACACACGUGGUUGCCAAACCAUCCUUUGUCAUCCCCCCUCUUCUGCCGCCACAAUCACUCCAGACGUGCUCCGUUCAAAGUACCCCAACUACCGCCUACCCUCAAUGGGCAUGCCGGACUGGAUGGCCAUGCUGGCAGCCAUGGUGAACCCCGCUGUGGGAAUCGACUUCAUGCGGCGCAACCUGGGGGUGGUGCACCGGUACAGCGGCAGCAAGGCGGAGAAUGACAUGGGGAUCAUCUAUCAGUCGUCAAGAGUCGCGCUUAUUGAGGCGGCUACGUCCAUUGUGGAGCUCGGUCUGCUUGAUAGGAAGUGA